CGCGCGCUUUAUCGGGCCAGCUUCAUUCCCAGCUGUAGAAGAACUCGCCAUCAGCUGGGGGGGUUUGCAUCAAGUACCACCUUGGUGGCCAAAACAUCGUGUCAUUUUUUUUUUUUAGCAAACGGGGGGGUGGGGAAAAGUGCAUUGUGCAAAGUGUUGGAUAUUUAACAAAAAAACUGCAGAGUGUCUCUUUUGUCGCGGCCAGGCAGGCGACAAAGGAGCAAUAACAUCACAUCGAAACCCCGGCAAACAAAGAGGUGCUUUUCUCAACGUCAACAUUUUUCCCCCAUAUUCCUUAGUGAUGAGUCAUGUGUCCGUCGAGAAUGUCCACGGUCUAGAACAGCAGCUUGCUGUCCUAGACUUGACUGCAGCGGACGGACAAGGUGGCGGCACCAACAGACGAUACAUUCCCCCCCAUUUACGGAACAACGAUGGUCCCAAAAAUGCAGGAAAUGCGUUUGUUGCUGCUCGACAGGGCGGUUACACCAUCGCUCCUGCCGCCGCCUUCGGUUGGGAUGCAAGCCGUGGCAACUUUGUCAACGGCUUCCAUGACAACCGCAUGACUGGCAGCAACACAUAUAACCGUGGCCCGCCUCGCAUGGAGCGGGGUCGAGGGGGCUUGGCUGGAGGCGGCUACCGUGGCAACAGGGCCGGAGCCUUCAAUCCCAUCAACACUGCUCAGCCGAUUGCUUUCGGGUUGUACGAAAACAAAGAUGCUGGUGGGUGGAACACCGCCAAGGACGCCUAUAGCAGCUUCGGAAACAACAGAGGAAAGUCUGCAUUUUUCAAUGACCGAAGCAAUGCUAAUCGUGGACGGUUCGACCACGGUGGGUAUAGUGGUGGCGGAGGCGGAAACAGCCGCUGGGUAGAGGAGGUCAGAGAUGACGGAGACUGGUCCAAACCAACGCCACUCAAUGAACGCCUUGAGCAUGAGCUGUUCUCUGCCAGCAACACUGGGAUUAAUUUUGAGAAAUACGAUGACAUUCCUGUUGAAGCCACUGGACAGAACUGCCCUCAUCACAUCGAAAGUUUCCAGGAUAUAGACAUGGGCGAGAUUGUCAUGGGCAACAUUGGGCUGAGCCGCUACACCCGACCUACCCCUGUCCAGAAAUAUGCCAUUCCUAUCGUAAAGUCCAAGAGAGACCUAAUGGCCUGCGCACAGACUGGUUCUGGGAAAACAGCAGCAUUCCUCCUACCAAUUCUUAGCCAGAUCUAUGCUGAGGGACCAGGAGAUGCCCUUAAUGCAGCUAAAGCCUCCGGGCAGGAAAACGGAAAGUAUGGCCGUCGCAAGCAGUACCCCAUUUCUCUGGUCCUGGCACCAACUCGAGAGCUGGCCCUGCAGAUAUACGACGAGGCGCGGAAGUUUUCCUACCGAUCCAAAGUGCGUCCCUGCGUCGUGUACGGAGGAGCAGACAUCGGCCAGCAGAUCCGAGAACUGGAGAGGGGGUGUCAUCUGCUGGUCGCGACGCCUGGGAGGCUGGUAGACAUGAUGGAGAGGGGCAAGAUUGGACUGGAUUACUGCAAAUACCUUGUUCUUGAUGAAGCCGAUCGAAUGUUGGACAUGGGCUUUGAGCCUCAGAUACGGCGCAUCGUUGAACAGGACACCAUGCCUCCUAAAGGCACCCGGCAGACCAUGAUGUUCAGCGCGACCUUUCCCAAAGAGAUCCAGAUUCUGGCCAGGGAUUUCCUAGAUGACUACAUCUUCCUAGCGGUGGGCAGAGUGGGCUCCACCUCUGAGAACAUCACUCAAAAGGUGGUGUGGGUGGAAGAGAGCGACAAGAGGUCUUUCCUCCUGGACUUGCUGAGUGCGACAGUCAUCCCCAGUGAAGUGCAGGACAAUCCUGGAGACAACAUGGAGAAGCCUGGUAUGUCGUGUGUGUCCUCUUUUGGCCGACUAGGAAAGGACUCGCUGACUCUGGUUUUUGUGGAGACCAAAAAAGGAGCUGACGCCUUGGAAGACUUCCUAUACCGGGAGGGCUACGCCUGCACCAGUAUCCACGGUGACCGCUCCCAGAGGGACCGAGAGGAGGCCCUAAGCCAGUUCCGGUCUGGGAAAUGCCCCAUCUUGGUGGCUACAGCGGUUGCAGCCCGUGGUCUUGAUAUCUCCAACGUGAAACACGUCAUUAACUUUGACCUACCAAGCGACAUAGAAGAGUAUGUCCAUCGCAUUGGACGCACAGGACGAGUGGGAAACCUGGGACUGGCCACAUCCUUCUUUAACGAUAAGAACGGGAACAUCACUAAAGACCUGCUGGACAUCCUGGUGGAAGCCAAACAGGAAGUUCCCUCAUGGCUCGAGAGCCUGGCUUACGAGCAUCAGCAUAAGAGCAGCAACCGUGGACGCUCUAAAAGGUUUGCUGGUGGUUUUGGAGCGCGUGACUACCGUCAGACGGCUGCUGGAAGCAACCCAGGAGGCUUUGGAGGCCGGGGCGUUCGCAACCAGGCGGGACACGUCGGAGCUCGCAACUUUGCAGGAGGUGGCUUCGGAACCUUCUACACCAGCGACGGCUAUGGCGGCAACUACUCGCACUCUCAAGUUGACUGGUGGGGCAACUAGGUGGUUCUCUCUCUCUCUCUCUCUCUCUUCCUCACCUCCCCACUCAACUUUCUUCCUUUCUCAGCUCUGUCUUCUUCACUCCAUCUGUGCCCUCCAUCAACAUUUAGAACCUAUGUGCAUGCUAUUAAGGUAUUUAUACUCAUGAUAUAGCCCCCCCAACACCACCACAUACACCCUUCCAUUUCUGGACGAUGUAAUCUAAAUUAAUUUCAUGGUAAAUCUCACAACAGACUACAUAGCAAAUGGAUUCUUCCAUUUCAUUUGGCUACAUUCCCCCUAAGGGGGAAUCUUUUCCUUGUGGCACUAUUCAUAUUAGAGUUUUGGCAUCAUCAUGUUUUAGUUCUGCCUUUUAACUCAAAGGCACAGAGGCUUCCUGUGGCUCCAUAGCAGCCACCUUUGUGUUACGUGCAUGGCCACCUUGCGAGUAGAAACCACAGCAUGGAGACAUGAAACUAAGUCAGGCUUAGGAACUGGCUGAGGCCACCAUCCGGAAGAUAAUCUACCAUUUUUUUUAAACUUUUUUUUAAUUUCUUUUUUUAAAAGUGCAGAUGUACAGAUGUCUUAGAAUGAUGUCUAAGACCCAAUAAACUCUUGAGAUGGAAUUUAGUAACCAAGCAAGCAUUUUUUGCCCAUCACUUGAAAAUGUUAGCAAACCGAAUGAUAGGACUUAGGGUGAUAAAAAAAAAAAAAACAACAGAUAAUUUGUUUCUGCACUGUGCCUUCAAGAUUUCAUUCUGUUCUGCAACUAAAACCUAUAUUUAACGUCACAUAUCGGUUCCAACAUGUUCUCUUGAGUUCUCUUUGGAAGGAAACAAGCUAGACUUGAGCUAAAUCAAACCUUGGCAAAACUAAACAAAAAAACAACAAAAAACCUAAAACUGCGCCGAACAAACUCCGUGAUCCAGUUCCCAAAAGCAUAAAACCUCCUGCUGCAGGAUUUGUGCUUUUAGAAACCUGUUGGGAUGUCAGUCCUGCAGCUCUGCUGUGAGCUUGGAGUCAGGUUCCUCGCAUCGUUGCCAAAAAGUUGGGUUUUCGCGAACCGGGCCACUGAGGGGGAGUCGGGCUUAGCAGUGCAAAUCUGACCUUGUCGCUGCUGCGGUGUUCAAUUCCGUCCAUCAGUGCCUGCGUUUGUCGGGAACCUGACUCCUCCUCCACACACAAACUUGGAAACCCUUGUCGGCCAAACAAAUCUUUCAAGGAGAAACACAACCUAAAAGACUCAAAGAGAUCUAAAAUUCCUUGCUCACUCUAUCCUGGAGAGUCACAUAAAGAGUUUUCUCUUCAGAAAACAAAGUCAUUCCAGUAUUGCUUUGGGUGUUUUGGGUCCGUCUUGGUCGGGGAUGAACGCACACGUCGGGCCUAAGUGCUUUCAGGCAGGCCGAUAAAGUUUGUUUACAUUUGGAGGUUUGAGAUUGGCACGGACCGUGGUUUCUUUCCAACCACACCAUGACGACGUUCUAGUCCUGCUGCGGACCCUGGCCAAGUCCCCGUGCAUUCCGAGCGUGAAGUCAUCUAAAGAUCUUAAGCGAACGAUCAUGUAGGUGAUAUGUAAAUAGUAGAGCUCUAUUUAAGAUACAAAGAUAAGAAGAGGAGGUGAAACAUGCUACAUCACUUUCGGACCAGACAUUUGAUUCCUAACGUUCUCAGAAAAUUGCCCGCUGGCUUUGAUUGGAAGAGCCAGGCUGUGGACCAAGACAAUAGGGCAUAUGCAAGUGUUGUUGUUUUUUUUUGGUCAAGCAAUUCUUUUAGAAAUGCAAAGCAAGUAUCGCGAUUCCCGAGCAGGUUUUAGUUUGGCUCCCCCGUCCCCUGUGUAUUUUAACAAAAAUUUAAAAGUGCAUUUCAAUAGGAGAAUGAGUUUGUUGGAAGAUUUGUGAACAUUUAAAAAACCAGUACAAAGCAGCGGUUGUUUAACUGUAGGAGCUGGUCAUGUACCUGCAAACAAAAUGAUGGACAGACUCUCCAUCUGUGUGGUGUUAGUUUUUUUCUCACAGAAAACUCUUUCUUUUUGUCCUCGUGGUUUGAUGCAGAUGAAACGAACAAUGGCGACCGGAACUGUGUUGGGUUUGGAUAAUGCUGAACGCUCGACACUAAGUAGACGAUGCAAAUGACAAUCUGUUGUCGAGGACUUCAAUCUUUGUUUGAUCGAUUGCACUUUCCCCACAUUUUUGGGUACACCUUCACUUUUUAAGGCCGAUGCACACGUCAGUUCCUGUACCCCGAAAUCCCGACUUCUUCCCCUCAUACAGAGCUCGUUCAACAGAGACCCUUUUCGUGGCUUGCUUGCGCUUUGCCAUCACAAACUCCUCGGUGCCUUGCGAUGACUCCGUAGAGACUGAAGAGUGUGUGUGUGUGUGUGUGUGUGUGUGUGUGUGUGUGUGUGUGUGUGUGUGUGUGUGUGUGUGUUUGUGUGUGUGUUUGUGUGUGUUGUAAAGGCUGCGUUUUUCGUUUCACACAGUUGUUCCUUUUCGGAUUGCUUCAGCUGCUGGUUUGAUGUCUCAGAAACCUGCAACUUCAACACUGUUCCUUCCUUGCAGGUUAGCCUGCUAUUCUUAGCAUUUCACUCCGAGCACUUAUGGACGUGCCAAUUGCACAGUCGCUCGCGUGUAGCCGAGGGCUCUGUUGUCGUUUUAUCCCCCCCGUGUCUGUAAUCGCCAUUUGGUGGUAAGAGUGUGGUCCAUUGCAAUUCAUGAUACGCCUCAGUUUGUUCUCAACCUUUUGAUGCCUUAAAUUCAAGAGGGAUCUAAUACAAGUGGUGGUUGCACUUUAUACAGUGGAACCAUGACGUUGGCUGCGUCUGGCACCACCGAGGCAGAGAACCCAACGCUUCUGUGGUAACGAGGAACGAUUUAAUGGUGCUAAGCUCCCUUUGCAGCGGCCCUCAGGCCUUUCUGUUUGUAGAGACUGAGAAUCCUACUUAGUUUUACCGGGAAGAAGAAGAAAAACAACAAAAAACUUCCGACAAAUCCUGUAGCAGAGUUCCUUCAACGCCUCUGAAGAGGUGCGUAUGAGUGAAUGUUUUAGUCGUGAAAGAACGACUCUUUCAUAGUGACGUGUGUGCGAAAGGAUGCGAGUCGCCCACCGGUUUGAGUUGUAGUUAAUUAACAAUGGCAAGAUCCAGCUGUUUGCACCCAGAGUUCUCGAGUCUACGAUCGCGCUGCUAGUUUGUGUAAUUUAUCAGACAUUUUUGAGAAAUAUUUAUUUUUAUAAGCCUAGUUCAAAUGUUUAAAGAAAAAAAACAAAAAAAAAAUAACAAGUGACUUGACCAAAAGACAGUGAACAAAAACACUGGCACAUGAAUGUUGAAUGUCAUCGGUGUGAGUGGAAAUUUCUAUUUUUCUGGGGUAGUGUGAGCUUUUUAAUAACCGUGUAAGCGGGUUUCUCUGACUAUGUCAUAUCACAAACUGUUACAGACUCGGCAUCAGCUGAUGUGACAUAUGGAGAGAGGCCGAUUACCUUGAAAGUCUCAUUGGACUCUUAUCAGAUCCACAGACCUGUUUAUAAACAGGUUCAGAUACCAAUCAUAUGAUAUAAUAAUAAUAAUAAUAAUAAUACACUGUUAGCAGCCAUUUGCAAUUGGCCAAAACAAUAAUAAUUUGAGAUAAUUCCACCAAAUAUGCCAAGGUUUGGAUUAAAUUGUAAGAAUCAAAAACCAUUUUGUAAAAAAAACAAACAUGCAGUAAGAAAAAAAAAAAAAGUGUCCAGAUUCGCUCCAAGUCAGUUUUUUUGUUGUUGUUCAUUUGUUUUGACACUUUUCCUUCCUAUUACUACCCUUCGUGUGAUUGUCUAUUAGCAAGUGGGGGUGUUCAAAGUCUAUAACACAGAGUUACCUGUGGUUCUAUUGCUAUGUUGUUGUGAUCUGCAUAUUUUCAGGCACAGCGCUCACAGCUGAGCGUCCGGCCAGUCAGACAAAAUUAAAUUGGCAAACGACAGUCAAAAUGUCUCGUUUGCCGUUUUUUACCGUUGUAGCUCUUCUGUCGCUGCGGCCCAGAAUGCAAUACGGCCACAGCGCAAUAUGUCGGGGAGAAGUCUCCCUUUGCAGCCUUUUGUACUCCAAAUGUUUGCAAACAUGCUGGCCCUUUAAGUUGUUUGUAAGAGGCAAUCUGGAGAGAAACACAAAUAGCUACAACAAGCAGACAGAGGUGAAGUGGCGACAACAAAUACUUUUUGGUGUUAUCUCGCCUUUUUUUUUUUUUUUUGUAAAUUUGUGGCGUUUGCGAAACUAUGUCGCAUGAAGCCUGUUGUCGCCUUCAGUGACUGGCCAGACAGUUCAGCGUGGACACACAGCGCCACCAGCCUGCUAGUUAGUAUUUGCUUUAUGUAUUAGUUUAGCAGUUGUGCACGAAGAGGAGCACUACACUGAGGAGAAAAAAACAAAAACAAUAUUGUGCAUCCGUUGUGAUUUUACCACAAUUAAAGGUUUGGAUUUGCAAAACUA